UACUAUCCAUUCUACAUUAUAUGCUUCACUACAAUCUUGUUUUAUAUAAACAAUAGGCAGUUGUAUAUUUGCCAACAUAUCGAACAGACGUGCACCAGAGCUGACCAAAGAUGAUCACCCUAAUAUUAUUAUUUACUGUGUUAUUCGUCAUCUUUGUAUCAUGGAUAAAUUUACUUAUUGACAGACAUAAGUUAAAACUAAAAGGCCCGUUUCCUUUACCAAUACUUGGUAAUGCUCAUUUAUUUAUGGGGAGUGGAGAGGAAUUCUUGAAAUUAUUUGUGUAUUAUACGAAAAAAUUUGGAGAUGUUUUAAGUAUUUACCUACUAACUAAAAGAUACAUCGUCGUGGUGGAUCCCAAAACAAUUGAGCACAUCCUCUCCAGCACCGAGUUAAUAUCAAAAGGCAGAUCGUACGAAUACCUCAAGCCGUGGCUGGGUGAAGGGCUUCUCACAGCUAAUGGAGAUAGAUGGAAGACUCAUCGCAAGUUCCUGACCCCGACGUUGCACUUCAACAUCCUACAAAAUUUCUUACCGGUAUUCUUCAAGAACGAGCGAAUCCUGCGCAAGAAAUUGGGAAAAAUUGCGGACGGAAGCGACAUCGACUUGUUCCCACUGGUUGCUUUGGCAGCUCUUGACAAUGUUACAGAAUCAAUCAUGGGGGUGCCCGUCAAUGCUCAAACGGAUACAGAAUCGAAAUACGUCAAAGCUAUAGAGAGGGUAUCUCAAAUAGUAGCCGUAAGAAUGCGUAACGCAUUAGCCGGGAUUGAGGCAACUUUCAGACUGUUAUCAAUGAAGAGGGAACAAGACUCAGGAUUGAAAAUACUACAUGGCCAAUCAAAUAGUGUGAUCGAGACUAGACGCAAUGAAUUGAAGAAGUUAAAUACUAAUCGUUUGAGCGACGCUUCAGAAUUUGGUAUCAAAAAUAAACACGCUUUCUUGGACCUGUUACUGCUAGCAGAAGUUAACGGUAAACCCAUAAAGGAUGAACAUGUAAGAGAAGAAGUUGAUACCUUCAUGUUUGAGGGGCAUGAUACCACGACAUCUGGUAUUGUAUUUUGCCUCUAUAAUAUAUCCAACCGCGAUGACGUCCAACAAAAACUUUUUGAUGAACAAAAGCAAAUUUUCGGUGACGAUUUAGAGAGAGAUCCAACAUAUUCUGAACUUCAACAAAUGAAAUAUUUAGAAAUGGUCAUCAAAGAAUCCCUUCGGCUAUACCCAUCGGUUCCUUUGAUUGAAAGACUUAUAACUCGCGAUACUGAAAUAGAUGGCCUCAAAAUACCAGCCAAUACGGCGUUGCUUAUCGACAUAUUUCAUAUGCACCGACAUCCUGAUUUGUACGAAGACCCCGAUGAGUUUAAACCAGAACGUUUCGAUCCAUCGAUUCCCAGAAGUGCGUUCAGUUGGCUGCCAUUUAGCGCUGGCCCAAGAAACUGUAUUGGACAGAAAUUCGCUAUUUUGGAGAUGAAAAUUACUUUGGCUGGAAUAAUCAAGCAUUUCAAACUGUUACCCUCCAAUAUUGAACCAAAAUUGACACCAGAUCUUAUUUUACGCUCCACAAAUGGAGUGAAAGUUAAGUUUAUGCCGAGAACAUAAAUUCUUUUUUAUAGCAAAAACCCAUAAAUAAGUUUUGACAAUAUACUAAAAAUAAAAAGUAUGUACCGUU